AAUCAGGCUGCAGGCAUUCACAAAUGCAAUCAGCUGCAGCCAAUACAGCGUGCUUCAAGUGGACUAGCUAUAAAAGCUCUGCUGCACUUGGGGAGGUGUGGUGUUGCUGUGCUUAUUGGGUGAUAUUUGUCACAACCAUGGUGUCUGAUACAACAUUCAGGUUGCUAUGGAUUUGUGUUCUGAUGAGUGGUGUAUACAACAUGUCGCACUCGGCACAUGUGUAUCUUCCAAUUGACACCUCUUCAACUAUGGUGUCAGCACCUGUUGCAGCCCUAGCCGCAGCUCCAGCCCAGGCCUCAGCACUUGUGUACUAUGCCCAACCCAGUGGUCCCCAGACUGGGGCUCAGCCUGCCGUUGCUCCUGCCACAUCUCCAGACAAGAUGUCAGCACCUGUUGCAGCCGCAGCUCCAGUCCAGGCCUCAGCACCUGUGUAUGGGGGCUAUGCCCAACAGAGUGGUCCCCACACUGGGGCUCAGCCUGCCGUUGCUCCAGCCCAGAGUGGUGGUGGUGGCGGAGGGGCAGUGUCCGUUUCUAACGACCAGGACGGUCCCACGCCAGAAGAAGAGCGACUUCUAGUCCUCACCGCACCGUCAGGAUUUCAAAGCCGCUACGUGGUCCGCUCCUUCAACCGCUACUCGCGAGGGAAACGGGUCUUUUCUCAAACCACCUACAUCCCACUGGACUUUCCUCCUCCUCCUCCAUCUGUGUCUGAUGCUGAGCAAGAGGAACAGACUCUGGAGGUUACACCAGCUAAGAAAGGCUGAGGUUUUCCAGUUGGAUCCCUUCCAGGUGCUGUAAUCUGCAUGACGUCCGUUUCCUCUGCCCUGUGAUACGAUUUGAAUAAAGGCAUCACUGAAACCCCA